AUGCUUCCAGAGCCUCGACACAGUCUGACGCCAUCCCCCUCAUUGGAAGACGUAUCCCGACCUAAGCAAAAUGCGCCAAUCUUUACUCAAUUGCCACCCGAAAUCCGCCAUGAGAUUCUUUUACAGGCAUUUGGAGGUCGCACAGUCCACAUUGAUCUUGUCUACCAACACCCACUUCAGCCGCCAGAUCCAAAGAGAGCGACGUACCACUACGGCAAAAAUAUGGAGCAGGGCUGUUACCUGGACAGAGAUAAGCCCAAGUGUUGGCAGUGGCGCGGAUGCGUUUGCCAUCGCAAUCCAUCCAAUCUACGCCGUGUGUUCGGGCAGAAAAAUGCUGGCAUACUCGAUCCUUCUGGUGGGCCUACUGGUGAUAUUUGGCCUCCUUUAUAUCCACAAGAUCCUACGUCUGGACUGGGCGAGGAUAUGUACAGGCAUUGGGAAUUAGAUGAACCUGGCGACGACAGCUGCUGUAAGGGUUAUGCUAAUCAUUGCGGGGAAUAUAUUUCUCCGAAGAUAGGAGGUAAGCCAGACGCGUGCUGGAUUGGUGCUAUGGGUUGGCUUUUGGCCUGUCGCAAAGCCUAUACCGAAGGCAUGGAAGUUCUGUAUGGAAUAAACACUAUCCAUAUGGGAAGCAAGCCUCUUCUUUACAAUUUACCGACGCUCAUUACUCCUCAAAGGCUACAAACGAUGGAUGCCUUGGAGAUCGUCUGGAGACCAGACGUGUACAGGCUGCCUGGUGGACGUCAAGGACUCCACGCCGAGGAGUGGAAACUUGAUCAAGAGCAAAUCCCACAGAUCCACGACAUAAUUCUGCAGACCUUCCUUCAUGUUCGACGCCUUCAUUUGGCGUUUAACAUAAGCUACCAUGUAGGCAAUCGACCCCAUCUCAACAACAUGGUCCUCCGAUGGGAUGAAUUCGCGACUACCCUUGCAAGGAAGGGCAAUCUACAGGCACCUCUCACAAUCUCUCUCACGAGUUCUUACUGGAUGGACUUGUAUGACAAGGCCAAGAAAGAUGCCGUGAACAAGGACAGUUGUCCUUCAACACUGAGGAGCCAGUUUUGGCGGUGGACAAAUGGAAAGUGUGCCCUUGCGCCCUUCACAAAUUCGACGGAAACUUGGGGUAAGAUCGAUGGGGCAACAAAGGAAAAUGGGUACUGGAUUGUCCGUGGAGACAAGGAUGAUGACAAACGGCGUCAAGCUCAGAGCGCUUACCAAUCAAUCAUGAUUCACCGCUUCAAAUCUUGGGUGGCAGAAAAUCGCGCCAAACAGAAAAAGCAGACUAAAGAAGGAUAUCCCGAGCCUGCACCAGAUUUACCUUUCUUCCUCAAUGCCGAGAAACAACUCUUGCCAAUAUGUCCCGCGAGUAUCAACGCCCACGAUGCCCCAAUCUUUAACAAAUUGUCGACCGAAAUCAGGCGCGAGAUUGUCAUCAAGGCAUUCGGCGCUCGCAGGGUCCAUAUGGACCUUUUCUACGGUCACCCGUAUAUCUCGAAACCUGGCGACAAUGGAUUUCCUCAGGGCGCACACUACGAAGGUAACUACGAUAAGAGUGUGCCCAAGCGUUGGCAAUGGCGUGGCUGCGUCUGCCAUCGCACUAUGUCACUCGAAGUGCAAAAGCUUGCUGAUGGGGGGUGGAGAGAUUGGCCGACGGUUGGUGAGUCGUGUGAUUCUCUUCAGCUUGGCGAGCAGCGGAACAGACGGUGGGACUCGGACGAGCCAGGUGAUGAUACUUGCUUCAGUGGCUUUGCUAAACAAUGUGGCUCAUAUACCUAUUAUGGAGAUGAUAGUGCGUGCUGGAUUGGAGCUACCGGAUGGCUUUUAACUUGUCGGCAAGCUUACACAGAAGGUGUAGAAGUCUUAUAUGGAACAAACACGAUUCAUAUAUCCAGCGAAACUCUUCUUACCAGGCUACCGUGUGACAUUCCUACCCCUCCAAGGCUGCUACUUCUGCAAUCACUCGAAAUAGUAUGGAAUCUGGAUACUGUCAAGCUAUCCCGUGGCUGGGCUCUGCAACGCCCAAUCAGACAUGAACUACGCCAAGACCAACUUAAACAAAUCAUCGAAAUCAUCCUCGACAGCCUCGCCAACGUUCGCCGUCUACAUCUCGCUCUGGUACUUCGAGGGACCUACGGAGUCGACCUCUAUCUAGACAACAGCUUUCAGCUAAUUGAUGUGCUUGCUGAUCAGCUUUGUCGGUGGGGAAGGCUCAAGGUCCCGCUUCAAGUCUCCAUCACAAGCAGCGUUUACAAACAACUAUACGUGCAAGCGAAAGAAGUGGCCAUCAACAACGACGUCAAGCCUUGUGCUGUAUUCCAAUUCUGGCGUUUUCUGGAUGGUAGAGUUGCCCUGGCGCCAGGGUCUCCAGAAAGGUUUUGCAAGAUCGAUGGCUCGACGGUCAAGAAUGGUUACUGGAUUGUGCACGGGGACAAGGAUGAUGAUAAGCGGCAAAUUCCAGAGUGUGGCUUUGGCUUAAACAUGGAGAUGCGAAAGAAAUGGAUUUAUCCGCAAGGUUUAGCCUGCCAUUCCCUCAAUUCCAACUUGCAAGCACCUCAGGGUUCGUCCCCUCCAGGUGAUCUUGUCCCCGGUGAGGAAUUUGACGCUGACGACGCGGAUUCUUUAUCUCAGUCCGAUACGUCGAGCUCCACGGCUUCAGUCUCUGCCAGUAUACUCGAGUAUCGUCGAAUUCAUGGUCGAACAUAUCACAGCGACAAGUUCAGAAAUGACUACGUAUUCCCAAAUGAUGAACAGCAGCUACAAUCUGUUGACAUUUCUCAUCAUUAUCUCACGCUUCUGUUGGAUGGCGAGUUGUUUCUCGCUCCAGUCAAAGAAGAUGUUCAGAGAGUUCUCGAUGUCGGAACAGGUAGUGGUAUAUGGGCAAUAGAUUUUGGUGAUCAAUACCCGAGUGCAGAGGUAAUUGGGACCGACCUUUCACCCUGCCAACCACAAUGGGUGCCCCCGAACGUUCGUUUCGAAGUCGAUGAUGCCACCGAAUCCUGGACUUGGAAUAACAACCACUUCGAUUUCAUCCACAUUCGAUAUCUAUUCGGAGCAAUUCCCGACUGGAACCACCUUUUUGAGCAGGCUUAUCGUUGCUGCGCUCCGGGAGGAUGGAUAGAGUCCGUCGAAGCUGAUGUACGAAUUAAAAGCGACGACGGUACAGCAGAUCUGGCGCCGGUGUGGAAGACUUGCGACAAGAUGUACGAGGAGGGAGGUAAAAUCCUCAACCGAUCGUUUUUCGUCAGCGAAUUGCAAGAAGAAGGGAUUAAAAAGGCUGGCUUCGUGGACGUCAAAGUUGUGGACUACAAGAUCCCGAUUGGUGGCUGGCCAAAAGACCCAAAGUUGGCGGAAAUCGGACGCUUCGUGCAGCAAACCCUUGAGAAUGACUUGGAAGGAUACUCUUUCGUGCUCUGGAACAAUGUUCUCAAGUGGCCGGAUGAUGAAUACCAGAUCUUCCUUAUACAAAUUCGUCAGGCCCUUCGAAACCGCAAGGUUCAUAGUUAUAUCAUGACGCGAUACGUGUAUGGUCGUAAAGCGGAAGAAACGUGA